AAGCUUGAAGCUGACAUUCGUUUUCACCCACGCUCUUUCGCACCCCGUCGCUCUUUUUGCUUUCUUGUUCAUCUUUGGACUAUCCAUUCGCUUCAUCUACCUCGUUUUUGAGCUCACACUUGUACGCAUUCAGCAACAAUGAAGACCACUACGUUCCUCGCUCUCGCCGCUGUCGGCAAGCUUGCCGCUGCCCACGCUACCUUCCAGGAGAUGCUCGUCAAUGGAAAGUCGCAAGGCUCCACUGGUGUCCGUGGCACCAGCAACCAGAACAACCCCAUCUACUCCACUGCUGAAGAGCUUGCCUCCGACAUGAUCAUCUGCAAGGGUGGUUCCAAGGUCACUGGCUCAGUCAGCGUUGCCAGCGGUGACAAGCUCACCCUUCAAUGGCACCACAACAACCCUAUGUCUUCUGGCGACGGUGACGAGCCCAUUGCUUCGUCUCACAAGGGACCCAUCAUUGUGUGGGUUGCGAAGGCCGAAACCGAGGGCAAGGGCAACGCCUGGGUCAAGAUCCAGGAGUCCGGUCUCAGCGGCGGCACCUGGGCCGUCGACACCUUCCGCAGCAACGCUGGAAAGAUUGACGUGACCGUCCCCGACCUCGCUGCCGGCGACUACCUCAUCCGCUCUGAGAUCAUCGCUCUCCACGAGGCCGACCGCGCCGGAAAGGCCCAGUUCUACAACGGUUGCGGACAGAUCAAGGUUACCUCCUCCGGUACCAAGUCCAUCACCAGCGGUGUCAACAUGCAGUCCGUCUACAAGACCGACGAUGCUGGUGUCCUCUUCAACAUCUACGGUGGCGCUACUACUUACAAGAUCCCUGGCCCGGCUGUCAACGCUGGCUUCGGAGCUGGUGCUGCUUCCCCUACCAAGGCUGCCACCUCUGCUGCCGCCAAGCCUACCACCAAGGCUCCUACCUCCACCAAGGCCGUCGCGACCUCUGUUGCCGCUAAGCCCACCACCCUCGCCACCGUUGUGAAGACUACCUCUCCUGGAUACGCCACUCCUACCAAGGAGGCUACUGGCUCCGUUGCCAAGUGGGGACAGUGCGGUGGAAAGGGAUACACUGGCGCCACUGCCUGUGUCUCUGGCUCCACCUGCAAGGUGCAGAACCCCUACUACUCCCAGUGCUUGUAAACAUCUUCGUGCCAGAGUAGUUCGAAGGAGGGAUGUACCGUGUGCUGAAUUCACCUCAGCGAACAUGCCGAGACAUGUUCACCAAACCCUAUGUUCUAGUGUAUAUAUUUAGUGUAUAGUCAUCAAUGACGAGAGACUUCA